GAGAGAGAGAGAGAGAACACAAAGUUGGGCUGGGUCUGAUUGCUUCUGAGAGCAGGAAAAGCUUCAGUCUGUCUUCAUGGUGCAGCGAUAAACUUGGACUCUUUUACCCUCUCUCCCCAUUUUUUUUUUGUUGCACAAAAGGAGGCUCAUGUCUUGGAUAUAGACAUGAUGGGUUUUGUGCAUUCCAGGAUCUUCUUAUUUCUGGCUUUAUCACUGGCACAAGUACUGUUUGUGAAAUGCCAAGACGGAAACAGUGGAGAUGACCUCAACUGCUAUGAGGACGGACAGGUCUACACCAACCGAGACGUGUGGAAACCUGAGCCGUGCCGGAUCUGUGUGUGUGACAGUGGCACCAUCCUGUGUGAUGAGGUGCAGUGUGAUGAGGUGUCCAACUGUGAGAAGGUCAUCAUUCCUGAAGGUGAAUGCUGCCCAGUAUGCCAGAGCACCUACCCGGACAGAGAUGGAGGCGGUGGCGGUGGCGGUGGAGGUGGCGGCGGCGGCGGCGGCGAUAGAAUCUAUAAGGGUCAGAAAGGUGAACCUGGAGAUGUGCCAAGAAUAACAGGACUUCCAGGACGACCAGGACCAAUGGGACCACCAGGUGCUCCAGGAUUCAGGGGAGAUCAGGGACCCAAAGGAAGACGUGGUGCAAAAGGUCCACCCGGAUAUGAUGGAGAGCCUGGCGUUCCUGGACAGCCAGGAGAAGCUGGACCACCAGGCCAUCCUCCUGGAGGCCAGCUGUCCUCUCAGAUGGCAGAAGGAUUCGGAGGUGAUAAAGCAGCAGGCCAGUAUGCCAUGAUUCCUGGACAAAGGGGGGAGGCAGGUACAAGAGGGCCACCUGGGCCCAACGGUCUACCAGGCCCUCCGGGACCUCAGGGAGCCCCUGGUGAAGCUGGAGACCAUGGACAACUGGGACCUCCUGGUCAGAGAGGACCUGAAGGUCCAGCAGGAAAGCCUGGGGACGAUGGCGAAGCAGGAACAGCAGGGAGUGCAGGAGAGACAGGUUUCCCAGGAUCGGCUGGAGCCAGAGGGUUUCCCGGGACACCAGGUCCUCCAGGUCUGAAGGGUCACAGAGGACACCAAGGUCCAGAUGGUCUAAAGGGAGAACGUGGAGCAGUUGGAUCAAAGGGUGAAUCUGGCGGAACGGGUCCAUUGGGUGCUCCCGGCCCCAUGGGUCCAAGAGGAAUGCCAGGAGAGAGAGGACGCCCAGGGCCGAGUGGUACACCUGGUAUGCGUGGUGCUCAAGGAAAUGUUGGGAAACCAGGUCCAGUGGGUCCUUUGGGUAUUAGUGGAACUCCAGGCUAUCCCGGAGCACCAGGUAUGAAGGGUCAGCCAGGACCUACAGGAGUUCGAGGCCCUCAAGGACCUCAAGGACCAAGAGGAGAGUCAGGUUUACAAGGCAGAAUUGGAACAAUUGGCUUACAGGGCCAAAUGGGUACAGAUGGCGGUCCAGGCAGCAAAGGCCCAGUGGGAUCUGUUGGAACGCAGGGGCCUGUUGGUCUGCCUGGUCCACCUGGCCCCCCAGGACCUCAGGGAAGCACUGGACAGCCUGGUAUUAAAGGUCAACUUGGAGAUGUUGGUGUUCCUGGAUUUAAAGGAGAAGCUGGACCUAAAGGAGAACAAGGUCCCUCAGGUGCACAGGGAGUGAUUGGGCCUCAAGGAGAAGAAGGAAAGCGAGGGCCUAGAGGAGAUUCUGGAUCUCUAGGUCCACCUGGGCCUGUUGGUGAGAGAGGGGCUCCUGGAAAUCGGGGUUUCCCUGGUCAAGAUGGAUUACAAGGAGCCAAAGGUGCAGUAGGAGAGCGUGGAAUACCAGGAGUUUCUGGGCCCAAAGGUUCUACUGGAGAUCCAGGCAGAACGGGUGAACCAGGCCUCCCAGGCGCAAGGGGUUUGACUGGAACUCCUGGUGUUCAGGGUGCAGAGGGAAAGCUAGGACCUCCAGGUCCAACAGGUGAAGAUGGACGUCCAGGACCUCCAGGGUCGAUUGGAACUAAAGGUCCGGAGGGAUCAAUGGGACUCCCAGGCCCCAGGGGCUUUAGUGGUGAUCCAGGUAAACCAGGUGAGCAAGGAUCGCCAGGACCUUCAGGGCAGCGAGGUCUACCAGGAAAAGAAGGAGAAGUUGGGCCACUCGGUCCCACUGGUCCUCCUGGACCAGCAGGUGACAGAGGAGAACAGGGACCUCCUGGAAUGCAUGGUUUCCAGGGACUGCCUGGACCAGCAGGACCAGUUGGAGAGGGAGGGAAACCGGGUGAUCAGGGUAUCCCUGGUGAGGGAGGCCCUGUGGGACCACUUGGACCAAGGGGAGAGCGUGGAACUCCAGGAGAGAGAGGGGAGCUUGGAACUCCUGGAUUGCAGGGACCCAAGGGGAUUCCUGGAGCACCUGGAUCAGAUGGGCCAAAGGGAAGUCCUGGGCCAGCCGGUACUGUUGGUGAUCUGGGUCCACCAGGUCUUCAAGGAAUGCCAGGAGAACGUGGAAUCUCUGGCCCUCCAGGUCCUAAGGGUGAUCGGGGUUCAGUAGGAGAAAAAGGUUCAGAGGGUACUCCUGGAAAUGAUGGUGCAAGGGGAUUGCCAGGACCACUAGGCCCUUCAGGACCUCCUGGCCCCAGUGGUGAAAAGGGAGAACCUGGCCCUAAAGGACCACCUGGGCCUCAUGGAUCGAGAGCAAUGCCAGGAUCUCGUGGUGAGCCUGGGCCUACAGGGCCUGUAGGCUUUCCUGGACCACCUGGUCCUGAUGGUCAGCCUGGAGUGAAAGGUGAACCAGGUGAGCCAGGACAAAAAGGAGAUGCUGGAUCUCCUGGACAUCAAGGAUUGUCUGGACCUCCAGGGCCUAUGGGCCCAGUUGGGGUGGCUGGACCAAAGGGAGGUAGAGGAACACAAGGAGCUCCUGGACCAACUGGUUUCCCUGGAUCUCCUGGAAAAGUUGGUCCACCAGGUCCUACUGGUUCUCUUGGUCAACCUGGUCCUGUUGGUCCUCCUGGAAAAGAGGGUCCGCCUGGACUUCGUGGAGAUCAUGGACCACCAGGGCGUCAAGGAGAAAGAGGCCAGGCUGGGCCUGCUGGAAGCACUGGGGAUAAGGGGGACCCUGGAGAGGAUGGACCCACUGGUCCUGAUGGUCCACCAGGUCCUGCGGGAACGACAGGACAAAGAGGAAUUGUAGGUCUUCCUGGCCAGAGAGGAGAGCGUGGAAUGUUAGGGCUACCAGGGCCAGCUGGUCCUCCAGGUAAACCAGGAAUGACAGGAUCAACAGGGGACAAAGGACCUUCUGGGCCGGUUGGACCACCAGGAGCUAAUGGACCCCGGGGAGAUUCUGGUCCUGACGGUCCCGCUGGAGCUGAUGGUCCCCCAGGAAAGGAAGGUGUCAUAGGUGAACGGGGUGAUCGCGGUGAUUCAGGAUCAGAGGGUCUGAUUGGUCCAAGGGGAGCUCCUGGUCCUCCUGGCCCUGUUGGUGCUACUGGAGGCCCUGGAAAGAGAGGAGAUGUGGGUUCAAGAGGACCUGUUGGACCUCCAGGUCCAGCUGGAAAGAGAGGACUCACAGGACCUCAAGGACCAAGAGGAGAUAAAGGAGAGUUUGGUGAUCAUGGAGAAAGAGGACAAAAAGGACAUAGAGGAUAUGCAGGUCUUCAGGGACUUCCUGGAUCACCUGGUACCACUGGUGACCAAGGACAAACCGGGAUUGUUGGACCAAGUGGUCAACGAGGCCCUCCUGGACCUAUGGGACCACCAGGUAAAGAAGGUUACAUUGGACAGCCUGGACCAAUGGGACCACCAGGAUCAAGAGGGAUAAGUGGAGACAUUGGACCAGAGGGACCUCCUGGAGAACCAGGUCCUCCAGGUCUACCUGGAUCUCCUGGACCACCAAUUGCUGCCAUGGAGGAUAUGUUUGGAGGCCCUCAGGAUUACGAUGCUGGUCCUCCUCCUCCUGAAUUUCCAGAAGAUGAGGCUCUACCCAAAUCUAAUGCAACAGACGCGUUUCAAGUAGACCCAGGAGUCCAAGCCACCCUGAAGGCUCUCAGCAGCCAAAUCGAGAGCAUGCGAAGUCCUGAUGGGAGCAAGAAACACCCUGCUCGCACUUGUGAGGAUCUUAAACAGUGCUAUCCGCUGAAAAAGAGUGGUGAAUACUGGGUAGAUCCAAACCAAGGAAGUUCAGAGGAUGCCAUUAAGGUAUACUGUAAUAUGGAGACAGGAGAAACAUGCAUCUCAGCUAACCCUACCAGCAUACCUCGUAAAUCAUGGUGGAGUACUCCAGGAAACAAACCAGUGUGGUUUGGAACCAUGAAUGGUGGAACUUAUUUCACUUAUGGAAACAAAGACCAGCCAAUUAACUCGGUCACUGUCCAGAUGACCUUCAUUCGACUGCUUUCCAAGGAAGCCUCGCAGACCAUCACGUACCACUGCAAGAACAGUGUGGGUUACAAAGAUGAAGCAACUGGCAACCUGAAGAAAGCCAUCAUUCUCAAGGCCUCCAAUGACUUAGAGCUCAAAGCUGAGGGAAAUAAUCGUUUCAGAUACACUGUGCUGGAGGACAGCUGCUCUCAAGCAAACGGUAGAUGGGGAAAGACAGUCUUUGAGUACAGGACACAGAAAACGGCGAGGUUACCCAUCAUGGAUAUUGCAGCUCUGGACGUUGGUCGCCCGGAUCAGGAGUUUGGCAUCGACAUUGGGCCUGUUUGCUUUUUGUAAAAUAAUAAUUAUAGUAAUAAUAAUAAUAAUGAAAAAUAAAAAAAAAAUAGAGCAAAGAUGCAUUGAAGAGAAUCCUGAGACUCUUGAACUGACUGCUGAGAAGCUCAGCCUUGUACAUAAUGUACUGUGGACUGUUCUGGCCCUGUAGCAGGAUAUUUAUUGUGCCUUUCCAAUAACUGGCCCUUAUUAGUAAGUUUCUAAUUAAAAUUUUAAAACAAACAAAAAUUGCAUUUGUUCGGCUCCAUUUUGGCUUGACUGAGAUAGAUUAGUGAACUCCAGUCCUUUAACUGUUGUUUGAGACUGUGAUGUCCAUUCCAGCAAUCUGAAAGGCUAGAUUAAUUUAGAAUUAAAACACAAUGAAAUAUUAUUUUUUGUGAUUAAUAGUAUAUAUUUUUUUCUUUCUUUCUUUUUUUUUUUUACUUUUGUUUUUAAACAAAUCACAUGGUGCUAUAGAGGAAAACGUUUGGUCUUUAGGUGAAAUGCUUUAUGGCAUUAUGAGUGGUUUCUCCUAAAAACUGUUCCUAAAACUGAUAACUCUAUUCUGUUACGUUUGCAUUGUAUGACGUUUGAAUGCAAUUGACCAUUAAAUACUGAAUACAUCGAGUCUUUAGCGUAAGCUACCUCGUCUUUACAAACUGGGACAAGUCAGUGGUGCGAUGUAAUGUCACAACACUUCUCCCAGGAAAAUAAUAAUAAUAAUAAUAAAAAGGUACAGAGCAGGGUGAGGGGGUGCAAAUAAAAUCUCUUCAACACUGACAAACUCAGCGUCUCAUUAAAAACAUGAUUUUUUUAUUUGUUUGUUUUGUUUUAUUUUAUCUGAAAGUUUCAUGGGUUGUUCUUGUGGCAUAUUUUAUGUUCUGGGUUUUAACCACACUGGAUUCAUUGGGGAUCCGCUACUGCAGAACUUGAGCAUAUUGUGUAAAUACAAUAAUAUAGAUGGUAUAGAGUAACCCAUGAUAAUCGAAUCAUCAUGUAGCCAUUGUUUCUAAAGCAUAUUCAACAAUACCAUUCUUGCACUUUCCUUUAUUUUCUUCUUUACAAAUUCUCGAAAAAUGUUGCAGAGAAUGUAAUCAAAAUUAACAAAAAAAAAUUUCACAAACUGAAAAAAAAUAAAUAUAUAUAUAAAUUUUUUCUUCAUAUAUAUUGCUUUGCAAAUUAACACAAAUGCUUGGUAAGGCCUACGUUCUUUCUUUGUUGUUAAGAUUUUUUUAUUUUAUUUUAUUCAAGGUUGUUUCUUUUUUCUUCUUUUUAUUUCUUUUUUCCAUUUGAUGCAUGAAAUCUUUUUAGCACAAUAAACUGAAUUAUACAUUCAUAUGAUUGGCGCAUUUGCUACAUAUUUAAAAACUAACAUCUGAGGUCUUAGAUCUCUUUACAUUCAACAAAUGAAAUUUAUCUUUCAACUGGCAUCAGAGAUCAGUAAUCAAAAUGUCCUUUCUUAUAAAUACUCUUAAAAUGUCUUCUACUUAAGCAUAUUAUUCAACAAUGUCUUUGUGUUGUACUGUGUAAAAUCUGAACUAUUUUUAAGAAAUAUCACUGUUGACUAUUCUGUGAAUAUGAAUUUAACACUAAUGUUAUUUAAUAUAUGUUUUGUAUACACUUACAAUGAAUUAAUAAUAAACGAUGGAGGGGUACGUCCACAAAGAA